UCGCGUGCUCCAAGCUCGGUCACUCUGUCGUGGAGACAUCAAGGCGACGCUCCUCCUCACUAGCGAGAGACCAGGCAGACGAGAACAGAGAGUUCAGGAUUGUCUCGAUCAUCUCUCGAUCAUCAACUCGUCACGAUCAUCAGCGUCUAUCAUCGCCAUCACCCUUUCUUCCACCGUUCAUUCUUCGUGAGGCCGAGGGCGACGACGAGGGCACGACAGCCGGUACCAACGGUCGACACGAGGUGCGAUAGCAAGAUGCCAUCGGUACGAAGUGCGAUUGCAUUGGCGUUGGUGCUGUUCGUUUUCGCAGAGUGGUCACGAGCAAUGCCGGCUAUAGACAAAGAUAAUAAAGAAAGAAUUCUGAACGCCGUGGACCUGAUGGACGACGACGGCAACAUCGAGACGGCCCUGAUAAAUUACCUCUUCACCAAGCAGAUCGUGAAGCGGCUACGCAAUCAACUGGACAUCGGCGAUUUACAGCGUAAACGCAGUUACUGGAAGCAGUGCGCCUUCAAUGCGGUGUCUUGCUUCGGUAAAUAGGCGCUUGCGACCGCGGGAGAGGGAGAAAGAGAGAGAGAGAGAGAGAGAGAGAGAGAGAGAGAGAGAGAGGAAGUGUGAGAGUGUAAAAUCAUAAGAAGAUCAUGUAAGAUGAAAAAAACAGAAACCUUCUCCAUAUCCUCGCGAUUCUCUCCAAUUUUAAGCAGCUUUUCUCUUCGCGAUUCCACGUAGCUGCGAAAAUUAUUUCGGCUGUGUCUUCGAAUCCUCUGCGACGAUUUUCUUUCACACGUUUUAAUCACUGUAAAAAAGUGAGCGAACAAGCGAUUGAGUAAUUUUAGAAUAGGAUAGCGCGUGGUGGUGCAGAAAAAGAGAUGGAGAAAAUGAUACAUUUAACGAUAUAUGUUAGACGCAAUUACAUAUCAGAGAAAACAUACGCACGUCUGCUACGUCUGAUUAUAUUCUCUUUUCCGAACUACACGUUGCACUACUCGCCUGUCCUAUACCUUGGUUUGCUGUUUGUAACAUCGAUAUGUUUAAUUAAUGUAAUCAUUCGUUGUCGAUGUUUCGCUUAUGUAUAUUAGCGUGCCGUGUCUCUGUUAAUUAUUAAACGACCGUAAUUGUCCCAAUUAAAAAUAUCUUUCCUCCUCAUUCCCCCCGUUGAUUGACUUCGAUCAUUGAAAAUACAUAAAGUCGAUCAUGCGCACGCACGAGUGAAAAUCUCAUUUGCUCUAUGUUGAAUUAAUUUUAAAUUAACGUUACCCGCGAUGUUAAACGCACGCACGGUUCCCUCCGCGAGCGUGAUCGCGUCGCGGCGGCACUUACGGAAUUGGAUCCGCUUAAUUCGUUUAAUCGAAGAACACGGCGUCCCUCAAGUUUUAUUCACUCUUAACUGUUCGUACGAUUCUUAUCUUGGAAUACUAUAAAGACAGAGAAUCCACCUCUUUUCAGAAAUAAUUUGGACAAGUCG